UAUCUGCUUUUCCUGCACAUGCAAAGAGAAAUGCUUAGUAAACACUUUUGCCUUCUUUAAUCAAUAACGACAAAAAAUCUGCCUUCUCUACAUAAUAAGGACCAAAGCUAUUAUGAGGAUUCAUUUUGUUGCUGUACGUACAUGCAUCCUUGCAUGUCUUGGUGUAGGAUUUGGUUGGCUCUGUCUAGGAUUAUGAGCUCAGAAUACAUUGUGGGCAACUGAAGCAAGUCUCUUUUAUGGUUGAUUUAACAGCAAAAAAAGAGGGUCAGGGUAGCCCCCGAAUUGGGGGAUGACUGGUGCAGUAACAAAACCAUCGGUUGGUAUUUUUACUGGUGUUUUAGAACUGCUGUUCCACGGGAUUGGCCACGGUUCCGAAAACGGAACCUGACAGCAGAGACUAGAGCGCAGGUUAGAAAAGAGCAAGACGUGACUUCGUGGCCCAGGUACAAGCGAUCCAGGAGAGCAGGGCUGUCAGUCCGACGGACGCCGGCAAGGUAGAGGCCAGAUGGGCCUUCCUGCCAAAAGCUUCCUCCUAUUUGUUUGAGAAACUCGUCUCCUAUUGGCUGCAGUUUCGGGUGGUUAAUGAGAAACCCUGGUGGCUGGGGAAAGGUCACUGGCUCCCGAAACGGCCCCUGUCCUUGUAGCUCCAUUUCUGCAGCUCGGCCGGUCAGCGUGAAGCCCAAACUGCCCAGGCCUGGGAGGAAAAAAACCCGCACCAUGUCCAAGCUGGUGGAAUGUGUCCCCAACUUCUCCGAGGGCAAUAACAAAGAGGUGAUCGAUGCCAUCGGCCAGGCCAUCGCUCAGACACCGGGGUGUGUCCUGCUGGACGUGGACGCUGGCCCGUCCACCAAUCGCACGGUCUACACCUUCGUGGGCAGCCCAGAUGACGUUGUCACGGGGGCCCUGCGUGCCGCCCGAGUGGCCUUGCAGCUCAUCGACAUGGGCAAGCACAAAGGAGAACAUCCCCGCAUGGGCGCCCUGGAUGUCUGUCCUUUUGUCCCAGUGAGGAACGUCACCAUGGACGAAUGCGUUUGCUGCGCCACUCGCUUUGGGCAGCAGUUGUCGGAGGAGCUGGGCGUGCCUGUCUACCUGUACGGAGAAGCCGCGCGGCAGGAGAGCAGGAGAUCUCUGCCCGCAAUCCGAGCCGGGGAGUACGAAGCCCUCCCUGAAAAGCUCACAAAGGCCGAGUGGGUUCCUGAUUUUGGCUCCGCAUCCUUCGUUCCAAGAUGGGGAGCCACAGUCACUGGUGCACGCACGUUCCUCAUUGCGUACAACAUCAACCUCCUGUGCACAAAGGAGCUGGCACAUCGGAUUGCUCUCAACAUCCGGGAGCAGGGCCGCGCGAAGGACCAGCCCGGGCGUCUGAAGAAGGUCCAGGCCAUGGGCUGGUACUUGGAUGAGGAGAAUAUUGCCCAAGUGUCUACAAACCUGCUGGACUUUGAAAUCACCUCCCUGUACACGGUCUUUGAGGAGGUCCGCAAAGACGCCCAGGAGCUGACCCUGCCUGUGGUGGGCUCCCAGCUGGUGGGGCUUGUUCCCAAGAAGGCCAUGCUCGACGCGGCGGAGUAUUACAUUCAGAAAGAGAACCUCUUCAUCCUGGAGGAGGAACAGAAAAUCCGACUGGUAGUCAGCCGUCUGGGCCUGGACUCCUUGUCUCCAUUUAACCCCCAGGAGCGCAUUAUCGAGUACCUGGUGCAGAGCGGCCAGGCAGACGGAGGCCUGGUGUCCAAGUCCCUGCGCGCCUUCGUGCAUGCCGUGGGCGCACGCUCCGCAGCGCCCGGGGGAGGAUCGGUGGCUGCAGCGAUGGCUGCUCUGGUAGGUCCGCGCCUCGCUCUCCCGCGGGUACCGCAGACUGGGGCGCUUGCGCCGGGUUUAAGGUGGGGUGGGAGCCCACGCGAGUCCAGCGCUGACGCCGCCCACGAGGGAGCCGCCAGAGAAACGGCAGCACUGUCAGGAGCUGGAGUUGCUUCCUGGGAGGUUCUCUUAACGGGCCCAGCACAUCCAGCCUGAGCCCCCAUCCAGAAACUGCACGUCGCUCCGGGGCCCCGGGGCAACGCUUCCCCUCUCACAAGCCCCAGCACCCUGCCCUGCACAUAGUCUGCGGGGGCUCAGCGGGCUGGUUUGGGACCCUGGCAACACCGAGCGGGUUCCCACCCCAGCCGAAGAGCAACAGACACGGCCCCAGCUCCGCUCCGGGAGCACUCAGCGAUGGGCUGCUGGCAGUGCCCAGGGCACCCCAAUCCGAGCGCGCUCAGGGCAGCUCUCUUCGGAUGGAAGGAGGCGCACUGUGCUUGCCCCUCCAGGUAACGGGUAUUUACCUGGGGCCUGACAAUAAACAAAAGUGGUUUUAUCGAAUGUGCGCCCAUCGGCCGUACGUGACUGCAAGGGGAGACAGGCUGCGCCAAGGCAAAUCCAGCACGGCGCGAAUUCGAAUCCCUAAGCAACUCCCCUGAUCUCCUCUCUGGGCCUGAGCCUUCCUCCUUCUCAGCCUGUUUCCAGCAGGCAUCUUAGGUGGUAAGUAAGGGUCUCCUGGCAUCGGGCACCUGCCCCAUUGCUGUGCCCCUUUGCCACAGGCAGGAAUCCUUGGUGCUCAGGUCACACGUUCCUCCCCUCGAGUGGGAAAGCCCCAGAUCCCAAAUGGGUCCCAGCCGCGGGCGGCCUGUAGGACUAGCCUCAGUUUGCACUCACAGGACAAACCAAACCAUCCCCAGGGCACUGGCCUGAUCGCCCAGCCAGCAAAGGUAUCGCGAAUGACUUACCAGAAGACAGGACUGAUACAACCGGUUCCCGCUGCCUGCAAGACAGAGCCAUGCCCACGGAGAGGGCACACGCAGCCGGGGCCAGGCUUCCCGGUGGUUACAUGACCUGCCUGGCAUUAUGUUUGUCCAAGUUAUGCAUAUUCAUAUUCAUGAGCCAGUUUCAUAAAGCAUGGGCUCCCCGGCGGGCAUCGCCUUGACAGAAGUCUCGGUGUUGGGGCCAGUGUGGCCACCCAGCUGAGGGUCUGGGGAAGCCCCACACGCUCUAACAGAUGGGUGCCCCCGUGCCACAGCUGCCGAGCUGCUCCGUGUGCGCUCCGGGCCGGUGGGCCUGCUGGCACCGGCAAACGGUUCCUUGGCGCCCAGGGAACGUGCUCCGUGGUAAGAGUUGUUCUCCCGCCCUCUCCUGCGUUGCCCUCUGCACCGGGCGGGGCUCCCGGGGCUCCAGCGCUGUGUCCGCAGCACUUCCUAGCUGGUGCUCAGGGCCACGUGGCGCAUCGCAGGCACAGCCGGGAUGGGCUCUUUGCCUAGCCGAGGUGCUGGCGCAGUGCCAUGUGGAGUGGCAGGGGCCACCCACUCCCGUCCCUUUC